AUGCUAACACCUACACCUAGCAGGUCAAGAGGAAGGCCAUCACCGCCAUGGAUGUCGGCUAUGCUCUCAAACAGGAACGCACUCUUUAUGGAUUCGGAGGCUAAAUCUGGCUACCAAUCUACAUUAUCUUGGUCAUGUGACAGUGCUCAGACCUAG